UCUCUCUUCCUUUCCCGCUCACCUUUUUCUUUUUUUAUAGCACCCUUGUGGAGUCUUGUAUCACUCACUUUCCAACACAUACGGUUCAUAGAAUUAUGUCUUCCUAAUAAAAAUCAUUGAACAUUUGGAUUUCUAUCGCUGUAAAUAGAAAAAAGAAUUGUCUUGGAAACCGCAAUACACUGUAUGUCGAAAAGUCUACCUUUUCUUCAUCAUUUGAAAAGUCCGUACCGCUCUAUACAUUACUCUCUUUGCUUGUUUUUAUUAAAUCCUUCAUUAUUUUCCUGACAGAUGGAAUUGGAGGAAGAAACAACUGGGUUCCUUAUACCCAACGAAAAAGAAUUCUUAACAGGAUUUGUUAGUAGCAUCGAAUCUUUUCGUGAAAGCCUUGACACCGUCGACGAUCCCUCUCGAAAACAAUAUCUAUGUGAUGAUGUGCUAAAUUAUAUACAGAGCUGUCAAUUUCAGCCUACCUUGUUGGAUAAGAUCCUUGCUCAGUAUGUCCCCAUAUUAAGCAGGUUUCUGCAUUGUAAGGACGUUCUGAACAGUCUUCUCAGUUCCUUGGUUCUAUACAAUUUUUGCCGAAUUCGAGGCCACAAAAUUAUUCGUGUCUUGUUUCCCACAGAAGUACAGCAUUUAGAAACACUUUAUACGUUUCUACACAAUGCACAGGAUUUGUCAUGGCAAACGACAUAUGUGAAUCUCUUGUGGCUUUCUCAAUUGCUUAAUAUCCCGUUUCCCCUUUCUUCCGUUGAGCAAAGCAAGAAUCUUCAACUUCGUAUUCUGGAGCUUGCACUCUCUUGUUUAGACAAGAGUGGACUGGAAAGAGAAGCUGCUUCUUUAGUCUUAGCACGAUUACUCUCUAGACAAGAUUGCAUGCAUGUAUUACCAAAUAUUCUGCAAUCCUCAAUUGAUUCAUGGGACUCAAAAAAUAUCUUUUAUAGACUUGGAUUUCUUUCAUCUUUGGCAGUAAUUCUUAAAGUAUGUCAAAGAGAAGACUUUUUGAAUUAUAGCAGUUACGUUAUAUCUUUUCUAAGAUUUGUACGGGCGUCGAACUCCUCAUAUAAAAGUACUGCGCUACACAAACUGCUCUCAAAAUGCUAUGCAAGGUUUGGAUUGCUUUUGAUUCCAAUGAGCGCAUCCUCUAAUUGGAAAUACAAUCCCUUGAUUUCUGACUCUUUUCACUCUUUACCCCAAGAUACCGAAAUGCAUGUUCAUAGCUAUUUGGAGGAGAUAAUCGAUUUUCUACUUUUAUCAAUUGAAUAUAACGAUACUUUUGUACGAUGGUCUGCUGCAAAAGGGCUAGCCAGAAUUGUUGAACGCCUCCCCUGGUACUUGGCUGAACAAAUAAUUGAUGCUGCUGUCCUUUUAACUCUUGACAACACUUUUUUAAAUCCAAUUUAUAAUACUGUUAACAUUUCUAUUACUUGCCCCGACCUUUGGCAUGGUUCUAUGUUAUUCUUUGCUAGAUUGGCAAACAUGAGACUUUUAAAAUAUAAAACAAUUCUGCAUAUCCUACCACUCGUUGAAUUGGGAUUAUCUUAUGAAAUACGCGUUGGAACAAGAGUUUCUGGUCAAAGCAUUCGUGACGCUUCAUGCUAUUUCAUAUGGUCAUUAUACAGAUCUUAUUCUCGUAAAGAUAUUGAACCUGUCCAACUAAAUCUUAUACUCAGUUUACUCCAAACUCUAUUAUUUGACAGAGAAGUAAAUAUCCGCAGGGCAGCGACAGCGGCUUUAUUCGAAAUGGUCGGAAGGCAUGGUUCAGUACCUGAUGGCUUGAACCUUAUUUCAUUCCUAAAUUAUUCAUCUGUUUCCGAUCUUUCUAAUUGUUAUGGCGACUAUGCCUUAAAGGUAGCUAAAAACCCACAUUUUCGUACUUGCAUCUACCAAAAAUUGUUGCUAAAUCUGCAUCACUUCGACUACAAGAUUCAGAAUUUAGCAAAUGCAUCCUUAUAUAAGUUGUUUUCAAUAUACCAUGAGGAAGCUACCGUAUAUUUACCUUUUCUGAAAGACCGACUGUCAACCGGCAAUGCUGAUCAUGCAUAUGGAAAUUUUCUCGCCAUUGGAAGCAUUGUGAGAUGCCUAUUAGAUUAUGAUUCUUCCAUCAUCAUUACUGAAGUCAGUUCUUUAUUGAAUUUUGGCACUUAUAUUCCGAUUACUAAAUUUUCUCGUUCACAAAAAACCAAAGCAUUUUCUGGAAUCUGUAGAAUGAUAGACUCAAUUUUCUCUUCUCGAUAUGACUUUGAUAAAAAUCUUUCUGAUUCUGCUUUUGUAUGCCUUAAAAACGCAAUUUCCCUUCGUGAAGAGUCAAUUACUGAGGAUAUAUCAAAUGCAUUCAACUCUUUGGUGCGGCACGACCCAUCCGGUAGCUACUUAAUUGAGGUUAUGUCUUUGUAUAAUUUUUAUUCCUCACCUGAAGAGUUUUCAACAAGCGUUUCUAUAAUUGGAAAACUACCUGACGUUGAUUUAUCUCACCAAGAAGAUAUUAUCCUGUACUUGAAAACAGCUUACUGCUCUAAGAACAUAUCUAUAGAGCUCCAGUCUUCGAUUAUUUCAGCUUUUCAAGGCUUAUGUCCAAGCGUAUAUGAAAAGUCAACCAGCGUCAAACUGAAUGAGCUUGUAGAAUUCCUUGUGUCUAUUUCUUAUAAUUAUAGAAUUGAUACCAGAGGAGAUGUUGGCUCAUGGGUCCGAAAGCAAUCAUUACAGGUUUUCAGAAAGAUGGUAACUUUGGACUCAAGAGCUCAGAAACUUCAGAAAGUUUGCGUUAUCUCAGUUCUUUCCUUUAUGGUUCGUCAAGCAUUCGAAAAAAUUGAUAAUCUUCGCUUAUUGGCCUUACAUUGCUUAGAAGAUUCAAAGGAACAUCCAAUUUUAAAACAUGACGAAGGCUUAAGAAACAUUAUUGACUCCUCUCUCAAAUACGAGACUAAAUUAGUCGAAGAAGACAAAAUAGAAAGUCCAGCUAUCCGGUUUCUCAACUAUACAGCUUUUCGUGAAGAUGCUUUCAAAGGUAUAGUGACUUUCACAGGAAACGGCUUUGGAGGUGGAAAGAUUACUUCUUAUUAUAAAAAUUACCAGCGUUAUGUGUAUCAAUUGAAGGAUUUCAAAAAUGAAAGUUGUUCAGACUGUGGAUUAUCCAAGCAAGAUAUUUUUGAACUAUAUAUCAAAUUCUUCUCUUCCAAAACAGAGGAUAGCCGUCUUUAUUACCAAAUCGCUUCGUCUUUUACGUCCUUGUCAUUGUGUGGUGUAUUUGAAAAGUUUAUUUCCUCAAAAUCUGUUGUCCGUGUAGCUUUCCUGGCUCAAAAACGGGCUUUAAAAUGUACUUCCACAACGGGAAUUAUAAUUAUUCUUAAUUUGUUAAGGACUUUUCUGGUAUCUAAGUAUGAUGUUUUAGCUUUAUACUCUUUAAAGUAUGUAUCCAAUUUACUUGCACAUUCUCGAGAGAACAUAAGACUACAGGCUGCAGAUAUCCUUUUCUUUGCUAUUCAAGCUAAGAUUACUACUUUUAUUCCCGAACAUAUAAUAGAGGAAUUUCUUACUGUGGAUUGGUUUGCACCUUCAUAUGCAAACAUUAAAUUUGUUAAGAAUUUUAGACAGCUCAUUCAAUCGAAAAUAGAGCAGCAUGAACAAUCAUUAAAAAGCAUAAAUGUCUCUAUUCAAUAGUUUAAUAACUUAAUUUAAUGGAACACCUUAUUUAUUCAAUUAUUAAG